AUGCCAAGCGAGGAUCGCGGAAUCGCAAGCCAGGACCUAGUUUCAGGCGAUGUGGCAUGUGAUGGUGAUGACGAGGAAGACAAGGAGGAGGAGCAAGAAGAGGAGGAGGAAGAGGAGGAGGAAGAGGAGGAGGAAGAGGAGGAGGAUGAGGAUGAGGAUGAGGAUGAGGAAGAAGGUGGCGAUGAUCAAGCCGAUCCAGAGCAAGAAGAAUCCGAUGAUCAGAUCGACGCAGAAGAUAAAUCAACCAACGGGAAGAAGAUUGAAAAGAACAAGAAAGAGCCACUCGAGAUUGGAUUUCCACCAUCGAUCUCGUCAGAUGCUUCCUCAUUUCCACUGGGCGCGACGCUCAGGGACAUGUUGCGAGUCCAAAAAGAAGAGAUCAAGAGGAAGCAGGAGCAGCGAGAGCAAGAGCUUGCUGCGAAGCGUGCUGCUCCCCCUCAGCGCAAUAUCUUCGAAAUGUCCUCAUCUUCCGAAUCCGACGAUAGUUCAAGCGAUGCGGAAUAG